UGGGCUGAUCACCAGGAAGGCAGCAGAAAGAGAAACUCAGUUCAAACUUCACCUGAAGCCUUGGUCUCCCCCUCUUCCCAAAUCAAGAAAGAGAGGGACAUUUACCCACCCUUUGCUGCACUCCAAGGGCACCCCUAUGAAGGCAACUUGCUGGAUCCUGGCAGGUUUUUACCUGCUUUUCUGCUGCAAGGCAGAAGAGGGACUGAACUUCCCCACUUACGAUGGGAAAGACCGAGUGAUCGACCUGAACGAGAAGAACUACAAGCAGGCUCUGAAGAAGUAUGACAUGCUCUGCCUGCUCUUCCAUGAGCCUGUGAGUUCUGACAAGGUCUCCCAAAAGCAGUUCCAGAUGACAGAGAUGGUCCUGGAGCUGGCAGCUCAGGUCCUGGAGCCCAGAAGCAUUGGUUUUGGGAUGGUGGACUCCAAGAAGGAUGCCAAACUUGCCAAAAAAUUAGGCUUGCUUGAAGAGGGAAGUCUCUAUGUCUUUAAGGAUGAGCGGUUGAUUGAAUUUGAUGGGGAACUGGCCACAGAUGUCUUGGUGGAAUUCCUCUUGGAUUUGCUAGAAGACCCCGUGGAGGUCAUAAACAGCAAGCUGGAGCUUCAGGCCUUUGACCAGAUCGAUGAUGAAAUCAAACUCAUCGGCUACUUUAAAGGAGAAGACUCUGAACAUUUCAAGGCAUUUGAAGAAGCUGCUGAACAAUUCCAGCCAUACAUCAAGUUCUUUGCUACUUUUGACAAAGGGGUUGCCAAGAAGCUAGGUCUGAAGAUGAAUGAGGUGGACUUCUAUGAACCAUUUAUGGAUGAGCCUGUUCACAUCCCUGAUAAGCCUUACACAGAAGAGGAGCUGGUUGAAUUUGUGAGAGAGCACAGAAGAGCCACCUUGAGGAAGCUGCGCCCAGAGGACAUGUUUGAGACGUGGGAGGAUGACAUGGAGGGCAUCCACAUCGUAGCCUUCGCUGAAGAAGACGACCCAGAUGGUUUUGAGUUCCUGGAAGUUCUGAAGCAGGUUGCCAGGGACAACACCGAUAAUCCUGACCUGAGCAUUGUCUGGAUUGACCCUGAUGACUUUCCUCUGCUGAUCACUUACUGGGAGAAGACCUUCAAGAUCGACUUGUUCAGACCACAGAUCGGGGUGGUGAAUGUCACAGACGCUGACAGCAUCUGGAUGGACAUCAGAGAUGAUGAUGAUCUGCCCACAGCUGAGGAGCUGGAAGACUGGAUAGAAGAUGUGCUUUCUGGGAAGAUAAAUACUGAAGAUGAUGAUGAUGACGACGAUGACGACGAUGAUGAUGACGAUGACGACGACGAUGACGAUGAUGAAGACGAUGAUGAUGACGACGACGAUGAUGACGAUGACUAACUGUGACUCUGUGCAGUUUGACUUGUGGGGCCCGAGAGCCCUCCCCCUGCGGCAGGUCCUUCCAUUGGAAGGCCUGUGUUUGAGCAAGCACUGCUGCUCCUAUUUGCCCCCUGCCCUGCUCCCCCUGCCCCUGCCCUUGCCGGGACCCCCUGGCCUGAUUCUCAGUGGUGCUGAGCCACCGGGACUGCCCCUGCGGUGGGCAGUGCCUGCAGGCACCCAGCACCGCUGCAAAUCAUGCCUCCUUAGUAAGGACAAUAGGAAUCUGCAGGGAAUCUGCCCCGAGUGUCCCAGGGCAGGAGAAAAGUGCCUGCCUGCUUGCUGCCAGAGGGACGCAGGGAGCCAGUUUGUGUUUUCCAUGUUCAUCAGCCCAGCACUUAACAUCCAAAGACCAAAUCUCCCUUCAAGACAUUGAGAAGGCCACUGUAAAGUUUAGUCCUUUUAUUAAACACAAUGCCCUUUGCAGAUACUCUGCCAAGACCACUCAAUCCUGCAAGUCCUGCUGCGGGAGUCCCUAGCUAAUGCUAGGAGCAGCAAAAUGCUUUGGGAGGGGAGGAAGGUUUUAGGGAUGCUAUUAAAGUUUUCAGUGAUUCCACAUAACAACAGGAUAUUCUUGUCUGGCAGUGUGAUGCAAAAUCAGUCACCAUGCCCUCUGUCUGAACCUCUUUUCUUGAA